CAUGAAAGCAAAGUCCAGAGUCCAGCUGCUGCCGCACACCUGUGAGCGGAGAGGCUUUUCUCUUUGCCAUUUCUCCAAUUGUUCCGUGAGAUUCGGGGGGGAGAAAACAUGGAGCAGAUCACCGACUGCCUCUGCAGGUAUAAAAACUACAACUUUGGCAUCGGUCUCACAACUCCGGAGCACAUCGAUUCCCUCCAGAGCUUUGAGAUCCGAGACAGCGACGUCCUCCUCGUCACGUAUCCAAAGUCAGGUACCAUAUGGACCCAACAGAUCAUCAUCUCCAUCUGCGAGUCGGCCGGUGGUCUGCACGAAUAUCCAAACAACUUGGAGCAGAUGCCGUGGCUGGAGUACACGGAGGGCCGAGGAGACUACGCCCUGCGCCCGUCUCCUCGCCUGUUCUCCUCUCACCUCACCCCGGCCCUCCUGCCCCCGGGACUGAAGGCCAAGAAGGCCAAGAUUAUCUACGUGACGCGGAAUCCAAAGGACAACAUCGUCUCCUAUUUCCACUUCAGCGGCAACAGCGGCGACCUGGAGACGCCCAAAAGUUUUGAGGACUUCUUUGAGCAAUAUGUGACGGGAAAUGUUGGAGCGUCGUCCUGGUUUGACCACAUCAGGGACUGGCAUUCAAAGAGAGACCAGUACAACAUCCUCUUCCUGUCCUACGAGGACAUGAUUCUGGACCUGAAGGAGGCGGUGACCAAGAUCUGCCACUUCUUAGGGAAGAACCUGAGCGACGCAGCCGUUGAGCAAGUCGUGGAAAAAUCCACAUUUAAGACCAUGAAGAAAGACGUAAAAGCAAACUACGAGUUUUUGCCAGAAGAAAAGGUGAAGAAAGACUUCAUGCGCAAAGGUAAAAUCGGUGACUGGAAGAACACCUUGACCGAGGCUCAGAGUCAAAGAGUGGAUCAACUCCUUCACGAGACACUCGGUGAGAUGUCUCUGAAGUUCAUCUGGGAGUAGGACCUCGACAUGUUAAUAUCCAACUUUUAUGAGAGGCAUCGCCAUAAUAAUGUAAAAUCAUUU